AUAACAAAUCAAGCCAUCUUCACCGCAAAGAAAAAUUGUGUUUUCAUGAAGCGGCUUCAAUGUACCUAUGUAACUUUACCUAUGUAACUUACAUGAUAAGAUAAGGAAGUUCAAUGUCAAUCUUUUUUUUUUUUUUCGUUCAGUCUACUUGAAGCUGCAAGCACCCAUUCUGUAAAACUCACAAUACAGCUUCACUAACCUUGCCAUUGCGCUUGAUAACAUUCAAGUCGCAACUCCAAUAUGAUGAAAUCUACGAAUAGCCUGGCCGUUUCAACCAAAGCCAUUGACCCCACCCUCGAUGCUCUAUUCGCAAGUAGUGUCGGACCUGCACAAGUCCCUUCAAAAUCUAGAUAUUCCGAUUUGUUUCCACCGAAAGAGCGAAACUUUUCAAAAAAGUCACGAAAGGCUAUAUCAAACGUAGACGAGGACUCUGUCGAAGAUGGUGACGAUGAAGUGUUGAGCGAGAUCGACGAAGAUAUAGAAGACGAUGAUGACGAAGAAGAAGAAGAUGUUCCUUCAGACAAUGAUGAGGAGGAGUCUGAAAAUUCGGAACCUAUUGAAGCGCUUUCAAGUCCCCCGAAGAAGGAUCGCAAGAGGAAGCGCAAAGAUGCGUAUGACGACCUAGAGGAAAAAUACAUGCGCAAGGUAGUCGAAGAUACGGAGAAGGAAGACGCGCGAGCCGAUAAGCGUCGCAAAGGCGAAGCUGGUCUGGUAAUAGACGGUGCGACUCCGGAUGAUUCAGAAGGUUCCGAGGAGGAUGAGGUCCCAAUGGUCCAUGAAACGCUUCUUGAAAAGACCGAUGGCCAUGCUGACAUCGAAGUCGACAAGGCAAAUCGCACUUUGUUCUUGGGCAAUAUUUCAAUCGAGGCUAUCUCAUCAUCCAAGGCAAAGAAGCUGCUCCUGGCUCAUCUUUCAUCACCAUUAUCAACACUAGACGGGGCACCCAAAGUCGAAUCGAUACGAUUUCGUUCCACCGCAUUUGCAGGAGGCGCAUUGCCCAAACGCGCAGCAUAUAUCACAAAAUCUCUCAUGACUGCAACGACAAAGUCUACCAAUGCCUAUGUUGUUUAUUCAACUCCAGUAGCCGCGCGGGUUGCACUCAAGGCUCUGAAUGGCUCGGUCGUCCUUGACCGUCACAUGCGGGUGGAUAGUGUAGCACAUCCAACCCCAGUAGACCACCGAAGAUGUGUCUUUGUGGGAAAUCUCGGGUUCGUAGAUGACGAAACCGUUCUCAACAUGACCCCUGAGGGGGAGACUACGACCAAGAAACGCACAAAGGUCCCAGCAGAUUUUGAGGAAGGACUAUGGCGAACUUUUGGUAAACAAGCUGGCAAGGUAGAAAGCGUUCGAAUUCCUAGGGAUCCCAAGACACGGGUUGGCAAGGGCUUCGCCUACGUACAGUUCUACGAUGUCAAUGAUGUCGAAUCAGCAUUGCUACUAAACGGGAAGAAAUUCCCUCCGAUGUUGCCGCGGCUAAUGCGUGUGUCUCGUGCCAAGGACCCACGUAAGACAGCUCUCGCUAUGGAACGAAACGUCAAAUCGAAAUUCGAAGGUUCAAAUGGUCGUGACAAGAAGUCAAAGAGCACGAAGCAUAUACCAAAGGUGACCCCUGAGCAGCUGUCUCAAGCAGGAAGAACCGGAAAGCUCCUAGGUAGAGCUGCUGCUGCAAAACAGCGACACGGAGACAAGUUCGAAGGGAGGCAGCGCAGAGAUACAAAGGAAGUGCCCGUCAACGAGAAUUUUAGGUCUCCGGAGCAGGUUAUCUUUGAAGGUCGCCGGGCUAGUGCGAAGGACGGCAAGCCGAAAGACUUGAAGUUUGGCAAGACUAGGGGAAAGAAAGUGGUAGUGAAGGAUAAAUCCAAGAAUCGCGGCGCCAGGAGAGCAGCUGAGUGGAGGAAGGGUGGAAAAUAGGUGGCCUUGGAGUGAAUAGCAUAGGCAUUGGUAGCAUUAUGUACUAUUAUGCCUACAUCCUCGACGAUGAUUAUAUCGUUUCUUUUAAUAAUACUCAUGAUACCUGCCUACUGCCUAUCUGCU